GUGGUCAUGUGAAACAUGACGCACGCUCGUAGGACGACGCUUUGCUCUAGUUUAACGUCUGUAAAGGUGUGGGUUCAUUUCCUGACCCUUUCCGCGCGUGCAGCAUCAUCUCCUCACAGGCUGUUGCAUCCUCCUGAGGGACCGUCGGCGCUCUUCACAGCCUGCACACUACAUACCGGUCUCUGAUUCGCAAUCUGGGUAAUGCCACUCAUUCAUUUGCGAGCUUGGAUGUGCUAUAUUGUCUCUCACAGCAUACACGCGGCUGUUCGCAGGGAUACUACGGAAUUACAGCCGCAACAAAUGAUGUGACGGCCAUCCAUUCAGAUAAUAAAAACUGUGCUGUGGACGCUGCAUUUCUGCUAACGAAGCAAAGCCUUAGACGAGCCUUUCCCAGACGAACAGAUACAGUAGUGUAACUGACAAGCAACAGUCAUUUGGAAUAAUACCCUGCACACUGCAUUACAAACAUUCUGGGAGGAGGACAAACAGGUUUUAAGAAACUGUGCAGUUUAGUGUCUGCAACCCAUGAGCCGUGCAUCAGGAGAAGCAGCAGUACAAACUCUCUGGCCUGUCGUCCUCUCUGCUCUCUUCUAAUGGUUUGAUGGAGAUCUGGUCGGAUGACAGCUGGAACUGUUGUCAUAACCGGAGGAAUUCUCGCAACAGUGAUACUCCUGUGUAUCAUUGCAGUGCUUUGUUACUGUAGACUCCAGUAUUACUGCUGUAAGAGGAAUGAGUCAGAAGGGGAGACGGGCUCGGUCGGAGAUCCUCAGCCACAGUUCGCCUGCAACACAUGCAGUGCUCCAGGAGUGGAUGGGCCGGCCGUCACACCUCUCUCACUGCCCUACGACCCCGCUCCGCCUCACAGCUACUGCCCGACUUGCUCACCCUACUACCUCCGUGGCACGGAUGAGAUGCGGAACGGUGGCGAACGCCUGUCCUACAUGCCCACUCACUACGAGAACCAUGGCGCCACUGCCCUUGGUCUGGCCGCCAUGUACGGCCCCAUGCUGAGCCAUCGCAGUACGUCAGACUUUUACACCAAUACACGAGCCAUCAGCACUGACGUCUGACCCUCACAGACCCGGAGAUGGACCCAGGGAACGAGUCGCCUCUGUGGACCAGAGCAACUGGGGCAUUACAUCUCCAUGCGCCAAGAGUCAAAAUGACCUACGGGAUGCCAUGUUAUUCUUCCACACAGGUCUAUGGCCAUCUUUAGUCUUCCAUUAUCUUUUGUUUUACCUGCUGUUUACCUCUUCCUUGCACAUCCCUCCCUCUUUGUGCUUUGAGGGCUGUGUGUUAUAUGACAUGAAGUGUUUGUGGAGUUUUUGGCAUUUUUAAUGUAAGUCUUAAACGUUAAAUGCAAAAAGGGUAUUUUAUUUCUAUGGAAAAGUCAGAUAAAGCAUAUAUUAUAGUUAGAAAAUCGAAAUAAAGCAGCCCAAGGAAGCUUUUUAAGGCUCAUCUCAAGUAUUUUGUUGUUUAUCGUGACAUAAAAGGCAAACAUUCCACACUAAUUUUAAUAGCUUUUUAAAAAAAUUAUCUUUGUUGGAAAGACCAUGACAUUCAGCUUUAUCUAAAUAUCCCUGAUAUACUGAACCUUUGUCUUUGGAAAUAUUUUAGAAUGAGAAAUUAUCCAAAAUGUGAUUGUCUUCAUGUGUGUUGAUCUGUUGGGAUAAUGUUAAAUGAAUUACUGAUGAUGAUUAUAUUGGUCUAUUCAUAUUUGAAUAUAUGUGUCACAUUAACUCAAAUUCACAAUGGCACAGAGUGAGAUGUGUUGACAGUUGUCAUUUUCAAAUAAGAUUGAGGUUGGAGUUAAAUUGUUAAUUCUCACUUAUUUCUUUGUCCAUAUCCACUACAUACU